CUGCUGGAGGACAACAUUGUCACUUUUGUGAAGAAGGAGCUGAAGAAGAUCCAGAAGAUUCUGAGUCAGAGGGAGGAUGAGGAGGAGUUGGAGGGUGAAGAUGAAGAUCAGAGGAGCAGCAAAGAGUCACUGAUGAAGAUCACAGAAAACUUCCUGAGGAGAAUGAAGCAGGAGGAGCUGGCUGAUCGACUGCAGAACAGACCUUCUGCUGCAGUUUGUCGUACUCAAGUCCAAUCUGGGUUGAAGAAGAAGUUCCAGUGUGUGUUUGAGGGGAUCACUAAAGCAGGAAACCCAACCCUUCUGAAUGAGAUCUACACAGAGCUCUACAUCACAGAGGGAGGAACUGGAGAGCUGAAUGAAGAACAUGAGGUCAGACAGAUUGAAGCAGCAUCCAGGAAAGCUGACAGAGCAGAAACAUACAUCAGACAAGAAGAGCUCUUUCAACUCCCAGCUGGAAGACAAGAACCAAUCAGAACCGUGAUGACAAAGGGAGUGGCUGGCAUUGGGAAAACAGUCUUAACACAAAGGUUUACUCUGGACUGGGCUGAAGGCAAAGCCAACCAGAACAUCCACUUCAUAUUUCCAUUCACUUUCAGAGAGCUGAAUGUGCUGAAAGAGGAGAAGUUCAGCUUGGUGGAACUUGUUCAUCACUUCUUCCCUGAAACCAAAGAAGCAGGAAUCUGCAGCUUUGAAGACUUCCAGAUCAUCUUCAUCUUUGAUGGUUUGGAUGAGUGUCGACCUCCUCUGGACUUCCACAAGACUCGGAUCCUAACUGACCCUAGAAAGUCCACCUCAGUGGGUGAUCUGUUGACAAACCUCAUCAGGGGGAACCUGCUUUCCUCUGCUCACCUCUGGCUAACCACACGACCUGCAGCAGCCAAUCAGAUCCCUGCUGAGUGUGUUGACAUGGUGACAGAGGUCAGAGGGUUCAAUGAUCCACAGAAGGAGGAGUACUUCAAGAAAAAAUUCAGAGAUAAAAAACAGGCUAACAAGAUCAUCCCCCACAUCAAGAGAUCCCGAAGCCUCCACGUCAUGUGCCACAUCCCAGUCUUCUGCUGGAUCACUGCUACAGUUCUGGAGGAUCUGCUGAAGAACAGAGAGGGAGGAGAGCUGCCCAAGAGCCUGACUGAGAUGUACAUCCACUUCCUGGUGGUUCAGGCCAAAGUCAAGAAGGUCAAGUAUGAUGGAGGAGCUGAGACAGAUCCUCACUGGAGUCCAGAGAGCAGGAAGAUGAUGGAGUCUCUGGGAAAACUGGCUUUUGAGCAGCUGCAGAAAGGAAACCUGAUCUUCUACGAAUCCGACCUGACAGAGUGUGGCAUCGAUAUCAGAGCAGCCUCAGUGUACUCAGGAGUGUUCACACAGAUCUUUAGAGAGGAGAGAGGACUGUACCAGGACAAGGUGUUCUGCUUCAUCCAUCUGAGUGUUCAGGAGUUUCUGGCUGCUCUUCAUGUCCACCUGACCUUCAUCAACUCUGGAGUCAACCUCAUGGAUGACAAACAAUCGCAAAUCUCUGAACUGAAACAAAUCAGUCCAGUGCAGUUCUACCAGAAUGCUGUGAACAAGGCCUUACAAAGUCCAAAUGGACACCUGGACUUGUUCCUGCGCUUCCUCCUGGGUCUUUCAAUGCAGACCAAUCAGAGUCUCCUACAAGGUCUGCUAACACAGACAGGAAGUAGCUCACAGACCAAUCAGGAAACAGUCCAGUACAUCAAGGAGAAGAUCAGUAAGAAUCUGUCUGCAGAGAAAAGCAUCAACCUGUUCCACUGUCUGAAUGAACUGAAUGAUGGUUCUCUAGUGGAGGAGAUCCAACAGUUCCUGAGGUCAGGACGUCUCUCCACAGAUAAACUGUCUCCUGCCCUGUGGUCUGCUCUGGUCUUCAUCUUACUGUCAUCAGAAGAAGAUCUGGAAGUGUUUGACCUGAAGAAAUACUCUGCUUCAGAGGAGGCUCUUCUUAGGCUGCUGCCAGUGAUCAAAGCUUCCAACAAAGCUCUACUAAGCGGCUGUGACCUGUCAGAGAGAAGCUAUGCUGCUCUGUCUUCAAUUCUCAGCUCUCAGUCCUCCAGUCUCAGAGAUCUGGACCUGAGUAACAACAACCUGCAGGAUUCAGGAGUAAAGCUUCUGUCUGCUGGACUGGAGAGUCCACACUCUAAACUGGAGACUCUCAGCCUGUCAGGUUGUCUGAUCACAGAGGAAGGCUGUGCUUCUCUGGCUUCAGCUCUAAACUCGAACCCCUCCCAUCUGAGAGAGCUGGACCUGAGCUACAAUCAUCCAGGAGAGGCUGGAAUUAAGCUGCUUUCUGCUGCACUGGAGGAUCCACACUGGAGACUGGACACUCUCAGGGCGGAGCCUGCUGGAGUGCAAUGGUUGACUCCAGGUCUGAGGAAGUAUUCCUGUCGCCUCACAAUCGACACAAACACAGUGAACAGAAACCUCAAACUGUCUGACAACAACAGGAAGGUGACCUUUGAGGAGGAGCUUCAGUCAUAUCCUGAUCAUCCAGACAGAUUUGAACGCUGGUAUCAGCUGCUGUGCAGAGAUGGUCUGACUGGUCGCUGUUACUGGGAGGUUGAGUGGACAGAUAGAGUUUCCACGUCAGUGAGUUACAGAGGGAUUAGAAAGAAAGGAAACAGUAAUGACGGUUUGUUUGGAUGGAACAAUCAGUCCUGGAGUCUGUUCUACUCUGAUUAUGACGGUUUCUAUGUCUGGCACAAUAACAAAAAGACAUCAAUCUGCUCUUCCUCUUUCUCUUCCUCCUCCUCUUCCUCUCACAGAGUAGCAGUGUAUGUGGACUGUCCUGGUGGUGUUCUGUCCUUCUUCAAAGUGUCCUCUGACUCACUGAUCCACCUUCACACCUUCAACACCACAUUCACUGAACCUCUUUACCCUGGAUUUGGGUUCUGGCCUGGUUCCUCCAUGGUUCUGGUUUAAAUUUAAACUGGAGGUUGUGGUUCUGUAAGAGAAACUCUGUUUAUCCGAUGAGUCAGUAUGUUCAUUAACAAACUGAUUUUCAGGUAAAUGUCUUUUUCCCAGAAUCUACAAAGAUACUGUAUUUUCCUGUACAGAGUGUAGCAAAAGUUUCAGUAAUGCAUGUAUUUACAGAAACAAGAGCAAACUCUCACAGGAGAAAAGCCAUUUUCUAGUACUGAAUGUCACAAAAGAUUUAAUGAUGGCUCUUGUAUUAAAAUACAUAUAAAGAGUCACACAGGACAUAUUAUCGAUGAGUAUAUUAGUAGGCGUGCUUUAAAAGUGAGUGUAUAAAAUGUUUUUCCAAACACUACUAUGCCUUUGGGAAUUUUGGUUCUGACUAGGAACUCAAUUUCAGUCUCUCUUUCUAUCUGGUGAUUGUCUACAACAACUUUAAUCUCUAAAUCUUCAGGAAUAUGACAAUUUCCAAAAAUCAUGUAUUUUGUUUUGUUGACAUUGAGUGAGAGUUUAUGUAUAUCAAACCACUGUUUUAGUUUCCCAAUUUUUACAACAUCCUUGAGAUUUUUCUUUGUGCACACUAUACUUGUGUCAUUGGCAUUUAAGAUGUAUUUAAAUUUGCUUAAUACUAUGUGAAUGUCAUUUAGAUAUAAUAUGAAAAGCUUCGGACCUAAUAUUGAUCCUUGAGGUACUCUGCAGCUUAAAUUUAGUAGGGAUGAUUUAAAAUGAUCCAGUCGUACGAACUGCUGCCUGUUUUUAAUGUAACUGUUAGACCAAUUCAAUGCCAGUCCUUGUAUUCCACAUCUCUCCAACUUUUUUACAAAAAUGUUAUGAUCAAUGUUGUCAAAAGUCUUUUUUAAAUCAAUGAACACCAAAUGUGAAUUCUUUAUAGUCUGUGCCACUCAUAAUUUCUUCAGUUAACUGCAUGAUUGCCAUGGAAGUUGAUCCAUUUUUUUUCUGAGACCGUAUUGAUCAUUGGACAUAAGCUUAUGUUUUUUAACGAAAUUUUCCAGCCUUGUGAGGAAUAUUUUUUCCAGUAUUUUUGAAAAUUGGCAGAGUAAGAACAAUGGUCUGUAAUUUAAUUUUCUAGGCAGUUUGUUAAUAUAUUAUCAAUCAAAUUUGAGCUAUUUGCUGUUUUUCUACUUGGUUUAUUUAUUAACGGAUGUAAGCUUAAACUGUACAUUUUAUGAGUAAAAUCAUCUGUCAUGGCGUGUUUGUUUGGGUUUUACAGAUCUUUAUUAAAGUCCCCACAUAGAAAUAUGACCUUUUUUAAAUAUUAGUGUACAUGCUUUUAAUAGUGUUUGUGAAUCUUUGAAUCUAGAAAAAUCCAAAGUGAUAUUUUUUGGUAAUUACAAAGCCAAUACAGAACACUAAAUUAAAGUUAACAAUGACUUAAUCGAAAGUAUUACAGAAAAUAUAUUCUUAGGGAUUGUUAUUGAUAGCAAACUGAGUUGGAAGCCACACAUCAGACGUAUACAAACUAAAGUUUCAAACAAGAUUUCAACCAUAAAUAAAUCAAAAUAUUUAUAAGACUACAACUAGAUGAUUUUUACUCCACACAAAUUCUAUACGAAGCUAGUGGGAACACAUUACCGUACAAUAUCCAGAAACAGUUCUUAGAAAAUUAAGGAGGAUACAAACUGAGAGAACUUCAAGGUCAGAUUGAAGAUAAGAUAAGAUAAGAACCAUAAAGAAAAGUUUCUGUGUGUGGCACUAAACUCUGGAACAAGUUAAGUAAUGAGCUCAAAUAAUGUGAAAGAUGCCAGAGAGUUUGCAAAAAACCUACUGUUUUCACCUCAGAAGAUGACAAUAGGAUGAAAUGUGAUUUUAAGUUGCUCAUACUGCUUUAAAGCAGACAUGUUCUUCUUUUGUUUGGGUAAAAGUUUGGAAUACUCAGCAGGACAUUUUGAAAAGUGGCACUAAUGAAAUAUUAUAAAUUUUUUUUUGUAAAGACAAAACUUGAGGAAUAUGUAAUGUGUAGUUAGUGUGUGGGGACAGGCAAUAAAAGCCAUCUAGGGUUGUUUCUUUUCUUUCGUCUUUUUAAGAUGUGAUAUAGGGGCAGAAAUGGAAUACAAAUGUUAUUCAGCUCAGUGCUCCUUUCCUGUCAUGAAGAUAUAUGGACUUACAAUAUGUACCGAAUAUGUUAAUGUAAUGCUCUCUUUAUGAAUGGAACAAAUAAACCAAAUCACAUAUC